AUGCUCACUGCGGUUCGCUGCGUGUUUACCAAACUCAUGUCUCCUUUCUGGAGGUCUGUGGAGGAGGACAGCUGCUCAGACGGACCCUUCUCAGGAGCCACAGUUAUGGAGGACAUUCGCCACUUGAGAAGCAGCGUAGUGACACAGCUGUUCCAGGACUACGGCAUGAUCGACGGUGCCAUCUACUUCACCACCGCUGAGGUCCUGGGAGGGAUUCCAGUCAAACAAGGAGACCUGGUCAACUGCAUCGCGGUUCGAGACGGCUCCGAGGGCGGCUGGAAAGCAUUAAGGGUGGAGAAGAGCGCUGAUGCCUGGGAGGAAGGAGGGAAGACGUCUUUGGAGGCAGAUACACAGCAGCUCCGGCCACUCAUCGGCACCGUCACCUCGUACAAUGGAAACGGAGGCUACAUAAACCAGAACACAGUCUUCACAAAGGACUGUCUCAGUGACGGGUACGAGCCGAUGAAGGGGGAUUGGGUCCAGGCCAAAUACGUCAUUAACCCGGGCCAGUGGACCACACAGGCUCGCUCUGUGGCUCCCCUGCGCUACAGCCGCCUGGACAAGGGACAAGUAACGAGUGUGUACGGGAACAACGGCGUGGUGGAGGACACGGUCUUCUUUAGCCUGGACUCGCUGCUGCUUCCUGCCAACUAUCGACCAGCACCAGGAGACUUGGUCAACCUGGUCAUGGCUGAAAGCUCCCAGUCCUUCUACAGCUGGAGGGCCCUGUGCAUGGCUCCCUGUGGGCCAAGUGAGAAGCCGUCUGUCGUACCGUUCACUGAAGCUGACCUUUUUGUUCUGGUGCAAAACAAAGAAGGAAUCGAUGUUUCUAAUUAUGGGGACUUUGGAAAUCUGUUGAUGGGAGAGAACAGAGAGCUGGUGAUUUGGAUUCAAAAUAUAGGUUCUGUGACUCAGACGCUGAAGACCUGCGAGUUUGCAAACUGGGACUCUGAAAAGCAGUUCUUGCUGGUAAAGGUCAAUGGAAGCAAAUUAGUGAAACACAAACCAUCUCAGAAAACUGCAGACUCGACACCUCCCGAUCCAACUCCAGAGACGAGCAGUGACAAGGAACCAGGAAGUACAGAGGGUUCAAAGGAGAUUGUGGCGGGAGUGAGAAGAGAGGAGAAGGAGGUGGAGAUCCCCCCUGGAGGCAGGAUCUCCAUCACUGUGGCCUGUCACCCCAGGAUCCUGGGUUCGUCUGCGGAGCUGCUGCUGCUGCACUUCUCUGGCUUCACCAUCGGGAGGCGCCUGGACGUUGCGGUGAGCAGUGAGGUGGAGGCGUUCCUGAAGCCUGUGGUUCCGUACGCUCCACUGGACAAAACCUCCUCCUCUGGUCCCAGCUACAGCCACGUGGUCACGGUGUCGGCCCCCAAAGAAACUCGCAAGCCCACGAAGAGGCGUCUGCCAAACUUCCUCCCUGGUUUUCCAGUGCCUCAGGCUCUGAGGGACUGUGUGGAGACGCAGAGUGAUGUGUUGGUGACAGACCCCAGUCUGGGAGAGACGCUGUCCGCGGCCAACAUGCAGACUCGCUUCUCCACGCUGCUGUGGCUCGAGGAGCUUCACGCCGAGAAGGAAAUCCAGGAGUUCACCAUCAACGGAGCGCUCCUCAAGAAGGGCUCCACAAACCUGCAUUUAGAGGUGCUCGGGCUGGCAGAGGGCAGACCCAGCCUCAACAUCGGGGACAAAAUAGUCCUGAAGAAGCCUCAAGGCGACAACACGCUGCUGGAGAUCAUCAGUUAUGUCGCAGAGAUCAACGGUGAAGAUGUAAGUUUGAGGGUGAACUUUGAAUUCCAACAGAGUUACCUCGGAGAACCUUUAGACGUCGAGUUUUCUUACAACAGGCUGACGUCGAGGAGGUGCCACAAUGCACUGGAUCAGGUCAAAGCCUUUGCAAGAAUUCUGUUUCCGACCACAGUGAACGUCCAAGCUCCUCAGUGGACGGGGAAGUGGCUGGAGGAAGCUGAACCAGAGAAGGAGGAUGAAGGAACUGAGACCAAUGUCAUGGAGAAUGGAGAGAUCUCGAGCAUUUCUGUGGACAUGAAGUCAAAGGCAACACAGACAAAAGAUGGCGCUGUUCCGUCAAAACGUGUUCCCCGUGAAGGCUGUUUUUUCAACACGGUUCUGAACGCGCCGCAGAAGGAGGCGGUGAAGAGAAUUCUGUCUGGAGAGUGUCGGCCCACGCCCUACAUCCUGUUCGGACCCCCAGGCACCGGCAAAACCAUCACCCUCAUUGAGGCCAUUCUGCAGGUGUACUACGUCCUCCCCAGCAGCAGAGUCCUGGUCUGCACUCCCUCCAACAGUGCAGCCGACCUCAUCUGUGUCAGACUCCACCACAGCGGCUUCCUGGACUCUGCCAGUCUGGCUCGGGUCAACGCCUCCUGCAGGCAAGAGGAGGUACUGCACACCUGCCGUGGUUUGUGUUGUGAUCAAAGAACCCAGAGUUUCUAA